GACCAAUUUAGACAUCCGAUCUAGCGAUGAGAGGGUUAUUUGAAGACUAGAUGCUUGUCUCUCACCCAACUUCAAAGUCCUAGGUUCCUCCCCAUUGCAGAACAUUUAGGAACAUGUGCCCUGGCCAUUUUUCACCGAUAGCAUAAUGACUACCAAAACAAGUUACGCCGACCGUCCUAUUCCACAGAUCUCACUGCGCGACUUUGAAGCAAGAAUUGAUGAAAUUACUUCCGAGCUCAUUGAUGCCGCCGAGAAUGUCGGCUUCUUCACCGUUGUCGACCACGGCCUCUCCAAUGAUGACAUCGAAAAAAUGUUCUCCAAUUCCCAGCGGUUCUUCAACCUUCCUGACAACGUCAAAGCGACAGUUCCAUGGAGCUCGAAAAAUGUAGGAUGGGAGAAGAACUCACAAAUCCGCCCGUCUACAGGAAUGCCCGACACGAAGGAGUCAUAUCAACUUCAGUUUGGUGAAAAUAUGAACGAUGUUUGGAUUGAUGAAAGUCAUCUUGCCGGCUUUCAGACAACUUCUCUCGAAUUCAUGAGCCGCGUUCAAGAAGUCUCAGAAAAGCUUAUGCGCUGUUUUGCUCUCGGGCUGGGCUUUUCCGAAGACUUCUUCAUUAAAGCACAUGACGUGUCCCGACCGAACUCUCAAACUGUCUGUAGAUUAUUACACUACUUUGCCCUACCCCAAGAGUCUGACGGAAAAGUCUAUCAUCGAGCAGGCGCACAUGCAGAUUGGGAUUUCCUCACAUUGCUGUUUCAAAAGGAGGGACAGAGUGGUUUGGAGAUAUGCCCUGGUCGUGAAGUUGUAACGGAAUUUGGCAUUGGCGAUACUUGGACCAAGAUUGAAGCCAAGACGGGAGAAAUUGUUUGCAAUAUUGGCGAUCUGCUCAUGUCGUGGUCUGACGAUCGUUUCAAAUCGACCUUCCAUCGCGUUAAAGCCCCUAGCGAGCCUGAAGACUUUUACGGAGACCGGUACAGUAUUGCCUUUUUCAAUCAACCUUGCACGGAUGCAACUAUCCAGGGGCCAUUGAAAAAGUACCCCAUGGUCACCGGUCAACAAUUCACGGCAAACGCAAUGAGACGAAAUUUCGCGGCUUUACAAGAAAAGUUAAAAUCGAUUGAAUCUUCUGCGUGAGUCACCAACAUGCUAGCAGCAAGAUUCAAUGGCAUAGCUUCUUAGGCAUUCAGGGAUUGCAAAGUAUAGGAAAUGUUAACUGGUGCACGUGGCACUCCUCAUAUUUUAUAGGAUGUAUCAAAAUAUACAUUUGGACAUCCAUCGAUUCUAGGGCUGGUUAUUUAGUUAGUUGAUAUUCGAAAACUUAUUCCCGUUAUUAAUGUCAUUAAGCGAGGUCAAAAGGAGAGUCUGACAGAGAAAACAUUUUUCUUUUAUCUUCAA